AUGUUGGACCCCUUAACCGCCAUCGCCCUUUCGGGCAACAUCCUCCAAUUCAUCGACUACGCGACCAAGCUCCUCCGAGAAGCCCGCCAGAUCUCCCGUUCCGCCACAGGCGCCGCUGAAGGAACCAGAGAUGCGAUCGCCGUGUACGACGACUUCCGGGAAGCUGCUGCGGCUCUGGCUACGCCGUCGACGCUGCCCCGGACAGCAGACGAUGCGGCGAUGGAAGCUCUGGCGGAGCGGUGUCGUGAGGUGUCCGAGGAGUUAGUUGCUGGGUUGAAGCGGCUGCAGGUCGCGACGCCGGGGUCGAGGCGGGAGAGUUUGCGAGUUGCAUGGAGGGUGAUGCGGGAGAAGGGGGAGUUGGAGGAAUUGGAGGUGCGGUUGGAGAGGUGUCGGAAGCAGUUGGUGACGAGGAUCAUUUUUAUGAUGAGUCAAAAACAAUCGUCGACUUAUCGCGGUUUACAAGAACUCAAAUCGCAAAGCGAUGAUUCGACUACAAAGACUACGGAUAAGUUGGAUACGUUAAGUCAGGAGCUCCUGCAUCUAUCUCAGAUUAUUGAAACGAACGGCCAUGCAACCGCUUCACAUAUCAACGACUUACAGGAUGAGAUGCGGGUUCAGGAGGAUCGUACCGUGCAGAAGAUGGUGGACCUCAUCUCCGAAAUUACGACAACCAAAACCAAGGUAGAAAAAGAACGUCAAAUUCUCAGGAAACUCACAUUUCAUGGAAUCCGGCGACGAGAAGAUGCUAUUGAGCCCGCUCGUGCCGGGACAUACCGAUGGCUUCUGUAUCCCCCGUCGGAAGCCCUAUCACGGAAGCCACCGAAUUCCGAUCCAGAUGAACAAGUGUCGAAAAAGAAGAAGAAGAAGCCCAAAAAGAAAUUGAACGACGAGAGUAAUUUUGAAGAAGUCAUCGAAGCUCUUUUUGAGUUGCGAAAGAUCGCAAUAAAAAGCGUCACUCCAUCAACCCACGAGAGAAAAGAAACGAGUCAACUAAAGGCGGACACCCGAGCACGGUUUCUUACCUGGCUAGAGGCUGGGUCUGGUAUAUUCUACCUGUCUGGCAAGCCAGGCGCCGGGAAAUCAACCAUGAUGAAGUUUUUGGCUCGAGAGCAGCGGACCUUAAGCGGAUUACAAACCUGGGCAGGCGACAAGCAGCUUGUUUUUGCCUCCUUUUUCUUCUGGAGGUCAGGGAUUGGGAUACAGAGAUCCAUCGAGGGUCUGUAUCGUGGACUACUCUGGGAAACGCUGAAGGCGUGUCCCGAACUCAUGCCGCACGUCUUUCCGUAUGAAUGGAACACCAACACUGACACAGGCAGCAAUGACACCGAGUUCGCCCUGAGUGAAAUCGAGGCUGCUUUUGAGAGAUUGAUCGGUGCCUCAAGCACAACAUCAGAUCGGAAGAUCUGCUUCUUUAUUGACGGACUGGAUGAGUUUGAAGGCGAUCAUCUUGGGUUGGCUCACCUUCUCAAGCAAUGGGCCAAUCUCCCUCACAUCAAACUCUGCGUAUCCAGUCGACCGUACAGCGCUUUCGAAAACAUUUUCAACACGGAACCGGACUUUUGUCUUCGCCUUCACGAGCAUACCUAUCAAGACAUGAUCCAAGCUGCGCAGGAAGAACUGCGAUCGGCCAUCACGUAUUCAGGAGUGGUGGUCUCUCCUUCCAACCUAGACGGCUACGACAUCCUUAUCAAGCCCGCAGUUGCAAAGGCUAACGGGGUUUUUCUAUGGCUACGCCUCGCCAUACGGCAUCUCGUUCGAGGCAUCGGCAAUGCGUAUUCCGCCACCGAACUCGGUGACAUGCUGCACGCCAUGCCCGAAGACGUGUCGGUCAUGUUCCAAACCAUGCUGGACAGGCUGCUUGCGCGGCCCGACCGGGUCAGAGUGGCGAUCACAUUGCUUUCUUUAGCAGAUCCGUCUCUUCCAAAGGGCCAGCACCGGCUGGUGGUGUAUUUCUCUGCGAUGGACGAUGUGUUGGAUGGAGCUAUUGGUUUGGAUGAUCUUCUUGCCUCGGCGAAGAAUAUCCCCAAGGGGUCAGACAAUCGCCAAAUGGAGAAGCGGCUGGUAGUUACAGAAGCCCGGCUGAGGGGCCGGUGUGAAGACUUUAUUGAGAUACGCGACGAUGGCUAUGGGAAGGACACUUCCCGGCCGCUACCCCUGAGACGGCGAAUCGAGUUUGUCCACCGCGACCUGCGGGACUUCCUCGUCCAAGAACACAUCAUCCAGAGGCUGCACCAGGUCGCAGGAUGGAGCGCGCCCAAAAUGGCCGGUCUGCAUCGGUACCUCGGCAUUGUGCUACUGAGAACGGUGCCGUCGCUAGCUAAAUCAGAAUCGUUCCUCGACCAACUCACCGACGAGUUCUUCCACUCGGAAUCAACAACUGCCCCGGAGCUUGAACUCCUACUCUCACUCAUUAUCAUAAACAGUGCUCAGCAAGGGCCGAAAGCAAUGGGAAGACGACACCGAUACUGCAUCGUCCUCGCUGCCCAUGACGAUGUCACUGAGCAACACGUCGAGCGAACGGUGCAUUACUCCAAAGAGCGCGCAGCACCCCCUUUAUUCCUCGCCCUCGAGUUCAUGUCCGCCGCAGCGUUCCAUCGCCACGACAGCUACGUCAUUAGCCUCACCACCCGUUUCCCCAUCCUCCUCCAGCUGCACCACCUCACCAGCAUCCUCCUCUCCGCUUCCCUCGGCGGUGCCGCUGCUCUGGCUACGACGUACCAGCGCAAACACGCCAACAGCACCCCAGACAAUUCCCUCGCCGUCCGCCGCCGAAAGGGCCUCAUGAAAGCCAUCGCCGGAUCCGACCACGCCAUCAACCCCGGUGGCGGAGGUAGCCUACUCUACCCGCAAACCGCCACCGAGAUGUUCGCUUUCCCGGGCUUCGAUCCCAACCACGACUCCAACCCUAACCCCGGAGCCCUUUCGACCUUCGACGCCGACACCAUCGUCUCCUCCCACUCAGACGACGGCGAUAACGAGUCCAUCCAGCUCCGCCGUGGUUCUUCCCCACCCCUAGCACUAGCCACCGCCCUACUAAAAGCCGGCGCCGAGCCAAACACCCCGCUACCCCCAACUUACUUCUCCGUCCCCUCCUGGCCCUGCCUCCCAUCGUCGUUAAACAGCCUAAGCAUUACUCACUGGACCCCCUGGACAGCCACCCUCCUCUGUCUCUUCGGCGUGCUCCGCCGCAACCACGGUCUCCUGCUCCCUGCAUCACGCGCAGCAUAUACUGAUGUCCCUGAUGACACGAUGCAGCUGCCGGUGUUGAGCGUGAUGGAGAUGUAUCUAACACACGGCGCCGACACGAAUGUGUGUUUUGUCGGCCGAUGUCUGCCCAAGGAGAAGUUGAAGCCGGUGCCGGUGUGGCGGGUUGGACCCGGGGUGUAUGCGAGUGUUAAGAUGGAGGAGCAUAUCCCGGAUCUUUUUACGGAGAGCCGGGAUGAAGGCGAGCCUGGCGAGGAUGGAAAUCGGGAAAAGGAUGGGGGGAAGUGGAGGUAUUUGACGUUGGGGCAGGUGGUGGAUAUGGUUGGAGAUGAUCACAACACGGGAAGUUCUCGCGGGGGGAACGGUGCAGGUUGGGUUGAGCAGAAGAAGCGGGUAAAGGAGCUGCUGCGUGCGAAGGGGCCGUGGGCUGUGACCAAGUGGAUUGGGACGGCGGCACAGAGUCUUGGGGGAGUUUGGCAGAGUGCGGGAGCGAGUGGUAACUUACAAAAUGGGAAUGGACCGAAUGCGGAGGUGAUUGAGAAGAUUGAGUUAGAAGAGCUGGGGGAUAGUUAUUUCUUUGUGGGGAUGAUUGUGAGGGAGCAGGAGUUGGGCAGGUUGGUGGUCCCGAAGGAGGCUAAGAGUAGGUUGUUGCCUGCGAGUUUGAUUCCAAUCUAA